AUGUCUUCCUGGGCCAGGCCGCACACGGCAAGGCGGGGAGCCCGCAGAGGGACGCGUAUGGAAUUGCGAGACGCGUUUUUCCUCAGGCGCCUCAACCUGUCUCAACCGUGUCGUCCGUUGCCUGUCUUCCUGGGCCAGGCCGCACACGGCAAGGCGGGAAGCCUUGCCGCGCAAGGCAAGGCCGGAAGCCCACAGAGGGAGGCGUCUGGAAGGGCGAAACGCGUAUCCAUGGCGGAGAUCUACGCCGUGGAGAGAUUGGAUGAGGCCGUGGUGAAAGGGAGCCUCUUAGGGCCAGCAGUUAGACUGCAUCGCUUCGCCAUCCAUACAUUCCGAAAGGCUGCCGACAGGUGGACGCCCGUGCAGCUCGUGCUGAGUCAUGCCGAUGUCAGCGUGUGUCAGCAGUGGGUCGAUUCCAUCCAAUCACUUCUCAGGGCGGACCCUGAACGGCCCCGGAACCUGCUGGCCUUCAUCAACCCCAUCGGUGGCCACCGCAAGGCGCUCAAGACGUGGGCAGCAGCGAAGCCCGUGUUUGAUCGGGCGGGAGUGGCGGUUACCGAGGUGGUCACACAGCGACAGAACCACGCCUUUGAUGCCGUGUAUGGGGCGAGUGAUGAGGAGAUCUCAGCCGUUGAUGGCAUUCUGGUUGUGUCGCCUGCUGGACUUUCCUCUGCUACCCCCUCUUCUGUCAAGUCAUCUCCACCCACUUCCGCUCUUCACCCUCUUCCCAACCCCAGUGUGACAGGCUCUCGAGACCCCACCACCGCAGCUCUGCAUGUGGUUCUGGGGCACCGCAUGCCACUGGACGUGGCGAGAAUCACCACGUGGAAGGAAGAGGAGCGGCCAGGGAAGCAAGGCGAGCAAUCAGAUGAGGAAAAAGAGGAGGGGGGGAAGGCAGAGAGAGGUGGAGAUAUUGCGGGCAGUGGAGGCAGGGAGGACAAGGGAGCAGGAGAAGCGGAGCAUGUGAGAGAGGGGUUUGCGGGUGGAGAUGGAAGAGAGAAGGCUGGGGGAGCUGGGAGCGAAACGGAAGGGGCUAAGGCAAAGACAGAAGAAGAGGAGGAGGACGAGGGUGUGGAGGUCCGCUAUGCUGCGUCCUUUUUUGGAUAUGGGUUUUACGGCGAUGUGAUUCGCCGCAGCGAGGGGCUCAGGUGGAUGGGGCCAGCGCGGUACGACUAUGCUGGGCUCAUGACGUACCUGCACCACAGAUCGUACGAUGCUGUGGUUUCCUACUUUGACGUGCACUCCUCUGCUGGGCCACCCCCAAGACCUGCAAUCCAAGCGUCCCCUGUCCAAGCAGCAGGGUUGGAAGCAUCUCCAUCCACUGCAGCAGAGUCGGACGCAUCUGCAGUCCAAGCAGCAGCAACGUUGGGAGGAUCCCCAUCCCAGGGCGUUCUCGCGCCCCCACUGCUGGCAGCAGCAUCACCACUGGAAGCGGGGCCGGUGAGGGGUUUAGAGAGGAGCUUCACUGAUCAGCUCCCUAGAACGCAUGGUCUGGAUGAUGAUGACGAGGAGGACGAGGAGGAGGUUGGGGAGGUGGAGGACGGGGAGGAGAAGGUGGGAGAGGAGGUGGUGGAGGAGGACGGAGGGGUGGGAGGAGAAGGGAAAGGAGAGGUUGAAGGGGGUGGAGAGGGGAAGGUAUUGGGUGGAGGGGACGGAGAGGGGAAGGGAGAGGGGGAAGGGAUGCCACUGCAGGCUGUGGAGUGGAACGGAAGGCUGCGGCGGCGCACCUUCAGCAGCCCCAUGCUGGUGAAGACACGUACCGGCACAAGCAGCAGCAGCAUCAGACGCGGCAGCAUGAGGCGCAGCAGCUUCCCAGAUGUGUGCACUGCGGGAUGCACUGUGUGCGCCAGCAGCACUGACCUCUCCCAACUCGCACGCUCCUCCCACAGCCUCCUCACACUCGACACCUCAUCACUCGACCCGGCCCAGAUCUCUCACAGUCAAUCGGGUGCUGCCACGUCAGCACCUGUGGGUGUAGCUGAGCAAGAGGGGUUAUUGCAGAAAGGAGGGCAGAGUGGAGAGGGUGUGUGUGCAGUGGGGGGGAUGGAGAAGCAGAGUGAGGGGCUGAGGCCCUGUUGGAGGACGGUGCGAGGAAAGUUCCACAGCGUGGGGGCGGCAGUGAUGUCGUGUCGAAACGACAAGGCGCCAGAUGGCGUCGCGGCACAGGCCCACCUGGCGGACGGCAAUCUGCAUCUCAUCCUCAUCCGCAAGUGCUCGCGCCCCGAGUACCUCCAUCAGCUGACUCGCCUAGCCCGCAAAGGGGCCGACCCAUUCGCCUUUGAAUUUGUGGAGACAUACAAG